UUUGCAGCAACAACAUGUCUUACCUCUACACCCAUUGUGGUUGUCCGGUGUCUUCACCACUCACGCCUACAUUGGCCAACAUCUGUGGUGGCAGCGCCUACGUGCUCUUCAUGGGCCUGCUCGAGGUGUUCCUCCGCUCGCAAUGCGAUAUUGAGGACCCCUGUGGUCGUGCCACUCCAAGAUUCCGAUCGGAGCCCGAUAGUGAAUAUGAUUUUGUUGUGAUUGGUGGCGGUACUGCUGGUUCGGCUGCUGCUGCGCGUCUCUCCGAAGUAGCGCAGUGGAAAGUGUUAGUCAUCGAAACGGGUGAUGACGAACCAAUUGGAUCACAAGUGCCUUCACUUUCCUUAGAUUACAUUGGGAGUGACAUUGAUUACAAAUAUACAACUCAAUCGGAGAAGGUAGCAUGCCUUGGAGAUACCAAUCAGGCGUGCUCUUGGCCUCGUGGCAAAGUAUUGGGCGGCACAUCUGUGAUAAAUGGUAUGAUGUACAAUCGCGGCAAUCGUGAGGACUAUGACAAUUGGGCAUCCUUGGGUAAUACCGGUUGGUCGUACGACGAUAUAUUGCCGUUCUAUAAGAAAUCUGAAAAUAAUUUGCAAAUUACUGAGGUUGACACCGCUUUGCAUGCCGUCGGUGGACCGCUACCAGUUUCACAUUUCCCCUACAAUCCACCAUUGUCUUAUGCGAUCUUAAGGGGUGGUGAGCAAUUGGGCCUUGACGUACGAGAUUUGAACGGCUACAAUGCCACCGGCGUCAUGAAAGGUCAAAUGGCCUCACGCAAUGGCAUACGUCAUAGUGCUGCACGUUCAUUCUUGCGUCCCGCACGCAACCGUGAAAAUCUUCACAUUCUACUUAAUUCCACCGCUACCAGAGUGCUCUUCGAACCGAACAGUACAAUCGUUAAUGGUGUUGAAUUGAUCGAUAGUAAUAACAAUACUAUCACAGUAUCUGUGAGGAAAGAGGUGGUCGUCAGCGCUGGCGCUUUGGACUCACCAAAAGUACUAUUGCUUAGCGGUAUUGGACCAGCUGACGAACUAGAAAAAGUCAACGUAACUGUCGUACACGAUCUGCCCGGUGUUGGCAAAAAUCUACACAAUCAUGUUUCCUAUUCUCUAACCUUCUAUGUUAACGAAACCAACACUAACACUCUAAAUUGGGCAACCGCAUCGGAAUAUCUUCUCUUCCGCAAUGGUCUGCUUUCUGGCACUGGUAUUGGUGAUAUGACCGCUAAAAUUAGCACAAAAUACGCCGAAUCAUCCAGAGGACCCGAUGUACAAGUCUUCUUCGGUGGCUACUCGCCUAGAUGCUCCGAUACCGGUGCAAUUGGUGAGCUUCUAACGAACGGCUCGCGAUCCAUACUGAUGUCCCCCGUCAAUGUGCAUCCCAAAUCACGUGGAUCCGUUACACUCGCUUCCAAUAAUCCCCGUGACAACGCACUAUUUGUCGCUAAUUACUUAUCCGUGGAGCAUGAUGCAAAAGCACUCAUUGAAGGCAUCAAGUUUGCUAUCAAAUUGGGAGCUACUCCAGCGCUCCAGGAAUUCGGUUUGACUCUGGAUGAGACCCCAGAAGCGGGAUGUACAUCAUACGACUUCGGCACGGAUGAAUACUGGGAUUGCGCUAUACGAUACACUACUGCUCCCGAGAAUCAUCAAGCGGGCUCCCUUAAAAUGGGUCCAGCAAACGAUACCUUGGCUGUGGUGGACAACGAAUUGCGAGUGUAUGGCGUGCAAGGUCUUCGUGUUAUGGACACAUCCAUCAUGCCAGUCGUAACUUCGGGCAAUACGCAUGCGCCAGCUAUAAUGAUCGCAGAGAAGGGUGUCUACCACAUCAAGCAAUCUUAUGGCAUCGUAAGUGAAAUCGAGGACCAAUCGCAGCCACAGGGACCUCCACAACUAAGUCAAAGUUAUUAAAAUUUAACUACCAUAUUUAAAAAUGAAAAGAAAGCGAAGAGUUGGGAUUUAAAAAUUUAUUGGAUGCAAAUUAUUCAAUUGCCGAUAUAAUUUCUUAUUAGUUUUGCUAACUUUAAAAUUUCUUUAUUUUCAUUUUCCAUAUUCUCUGACACUUUAUAGCGUUUAAUUGCUCUCCCGAACACUUUUGGUAUAUAUGUAUAAAUCGUAUCUAUAUUUGUAUCCCUUUUUGGUUCAGAAUUCAAUGAAAUGCAUUUAAAGCAAAGAAGUUU